ACCUGUCAGGAGAUCGAUCAGUAGGUAUCGUGAGAACCAAAGGCUUGGUGUAACUUCCCUCCCAAGUCGCAAGAGUGAUCAGACAUUGUCCAUCGGGGUAAACUCAGGGUUCGAGACUCUGGAAAUAGACCAAGAACUCUCAACGCAGCUCGAAUUUCAACUUGGGCUGCAAGCAUAAACAGACAAGAAUAAAAUAACAUCGACAACAACAAUAAGAGUGCUUUUGAUGCAGAGUUUUGAUUUUGUGAUCAAGCAAGAUUGAAAUCAAAACUACAUAAAAUAAUAAUAAAAACUGGUCAACCGGUGGCGGCACCAUUGCAAAACCAUGAAGGGAGGAGCUUUGGCAAUCAGGAUCUUGGCAAUUCUCCUGCACUUUGGGGCCCUCAAUGCUGACAAUUCGACGCAGUAUGAAGGAUGUCAUAAAAACUUGACCUCGAGCACUGGAUCUGUUUCGGAGCAAGAAUUUUCUGGACUAAAUUGCCCAGAACAUGGAAUUCGCAUCCAGGCUGGUGUACCCAUUGUGCUCACAUGCCAAGAUCUAGUCCUAGAGGUGGCAUCCCAACAGUAUUGCGUGUCCAUAGGUGGGAUAAAGAAAGGGAAACCUCGAACGUACAAGUUGGGUGAUAAUGGUGAUGACCCGAACAAUGGCGGAAAGAGAAAACCUGAGAGGAAUCCCCAUACAAGAGGUAGAAGGGCGAAGGCGCUGGGAAAAGAACAAAAGGCUCAGAGGCUGACCACGGAAGCAGAUCUGAAGAGCAGUGAUCAUCAAAAUAUGGCCCAACAGAAGCCUUCUAACCGUCGCCGUGAAAAUAACAAAAAUAAAAAUAAGCUGAAGAAGUUAACUUCGAGGUUGGAAAAACACACAACGAAAAUUGGAAAACUAGAGGACAAAAUAACCAAGCUGCAAAACAACCCCAAUGCAGAAAACCAGGUGUCUCAGUUAAAAAAAAAAUUAGAUGGACUUAAAGCUAAGUCUGAGGUGCUCCAAAGCAAAAUCGAUGAAUUACAGUCACUUUUGGGAACGAGUUCAGGCCUCAUUAAUGGCACUAGUGGUAUGGGUACCACUGUUAAUAUCAUUAGUGUCAUUAUCGAUAAUCAAUCUGGCAGCGAUUCUCAUCAAACAGGUAAUGUCAAUGGUGAUGAUUCUAUAGCUGGUGACAAUGGCAGUGAUGAUAUAUAUUAUGGUAGCAAUUCACAUGAUGGCAGUGGCUAUGAUUCCCAAGAAAUGGGCAGUGGUGUUUAUGGUGGUGAUUCGCAUGAGAAUGGUGGCGAUUAUAAUUAUUAUAAUAACUGGCCGAGUAUGGGAAUCUGGGCAAAACCUAAGCCUAAAGUGUUGGAGAAAGGGAGCACAAAGAAUUUAAGGAGGAAAGGAAAGGGCGAAGGGAAGGGCAACGGAAAAGCACAGUCUUUCUGUGGGGCUCAAGACCAACCUAUUACGGUCAAAUCUCAAACUGGAGAAAUUGGCCUUUCAGUGCGCCCAAAGGGCCUAAAGGAAGGAAAUGGGAGUAAGCCUUCAAAACCUCAUCACGGGAGGCGUGGAAACGGUUCACAUGGUGGUGUCGCUCAGGGUCCUGCAGGAGCAGCUGCAGUAAUGAUUCCUUCUGAAGUUAAAUACACUUGUUCAUGGAGUCCUUCAUCACCUUGAAAUAACAAAGGGGAAAAUUCCAAAUGUAGGUCCUCCUAAAUUCAAAGUAACAAAAAGAAAAACGAAAACAAAUCCAUGUGCAAUCUUGAUAUCUAUUCUCUAGAUUUGAAUUUACUAAUUAAUCAUUAAUAAAGGAAGCUUGUUUUUAUAUGGAUUAAAACCAGAAAUUACGUUUGCAUGAUAAUUAGCAAUUUCUUUGGUGUUUAUGCUUCAAGAUUUUCUGUUGUAAAAGGUGCAAUAAAUAUAAUUGAUCCAA